UUUACGCGCGGACCUGCUAACGCCGCCACCUCCCGGACGCAGCUGGGCCGGGCCACCUGGUCGCCGGCGAGGGCGACGGCGGGGGGGAGUGAGGGCUGCGGCGGAGGUGGCCGCGGGCGGUCCCCGUCCCCGGAGCAGGGGGCGGGCGGUGGACGCCGGGGAACGAGCAGCUGGCUUUCCCCGGUGAGGACUCGGGUUUGCGUCUCGCGGAGCGGCGGAUCCGCUGGUGGCGGUGCGGGCGACUGGUCCUGGUGGCAUGUUUCUGCAGUAAGUUUGCUUCAGCGAACUUUUUUGAUGCCUGACCUUCCUGUUUGGAUCAUACUCAACAUCUUGUUUAGAAAAUGGGUCCUACAGGACGCCUGGUUACCAUCAAAAGGAGUGGGGUCGAUGGCCCUCACUUCCCGCUGAGCCUCAGCACCUGCUUGUUUGGAAGGGGUAUUGAAUGUGACAUUCGUAUCCAGCUCCCUGUCGUGUCAAAACAGCAUUGCAAAAUUGAAAUCAGUGGGCAGGAGGCGGUAUUGUUUAAUUUCAGUUCCAGCAAUCCGACGCAGGUGAACGGCUGUGCUAUUGAUGAGCCUGUGCAACUAAAGCACGGAGAUGUGAUCACUAUUGUUGAUCGAUCUUUCAGGUAUGAAAACGAAAUUCAUCAGAAUGGAAGCAAGUCAACUGAAUGCCCAGGACGAAAACGCAAACAGGAAUCUCUGCUCCGGGUCUCCAGAUCUAGCUUCUCUUCUGAUCCUGAUGGGAAAGUUCAAGAUUCCAGUGCCCGUUCAAAAGUCUCUGAAGAUGUUUCAGGAAGUCCUCUGGUGCACGUGAAGAAUGGCAAAGCAGCCAGCACAGUCUUGGAUGGCUCUGGAGAUCAUGUUGCCAGCCAAACUCUUGAUGUUGUUCAUUCCUCAGAACCGCCUGGAGAGAACUACAGAAAUGUGACAGAUCCUACAGCUAGGGAUUAUAAGGAAGAUUCCAGCGUACCCUUAGUGAGCUGUAAUAGAAAAUUGAAGUCUUUCCCCUCUACAAGGUGUCUUGAGAAUAGUGAAAACCAUGAGUCUCCCUUUAGGAAGCUUUAUGUGUCAAUGAAGGAAGAGUUUGAUGUGAGAUCAGAAAAAGGAAAUGUUCUGCAGAGCAGUAAAAAAUCAGGAUCAGAGAGUCAUCCUGCCCCGGAGAACGAAUGUUCUGGUGGUUUACAAGACGGAACACAAGUCCCGGUCUCCCUUAAAUCCAGACCCAGAUCGGGCCGAUUCACCCAAAUCAAGGCAGACUCUGUUUUGGGGAAACAAGGAAUUAGCCUGACUGAAGACAGAAGAAACGAUGAGGACGCUGCUCAGAAUCCCAAGGAGGCCAUGAGUCCCAGCAUCCCUCCUAAGGAGAUGACAAGAGCCAAGACCCUGGCCCAACGUUCCCCACACAGUUCCUCCCGAAAACGUCGGAGUGAAGACAUGAGUGUUACCAGUGGAAGUGAAUCCAUGAAUCUGGAUCAGAGGGAAGGCUUCGGGACAGAGAAUGAAACGUUUACUCCUAGGAAGUUCUUAGCCGGAAAUCAAACACCCGCUAAAGUUGAAAAUGCUGAUAAUUUUGAAGACACACCAGAAAAACUCUUUUCCAAAAAGAAGAGGAGUGUACCUCCCAGUGUGGACAUUGUUACCGCAGAAACAGAAACUCAGAAUCACACUAUUUUGGCUCCGUUGCCCGUUCAAGUUGAAAGGAAGAUUCAAGGAGUUUCUGUCCACCAACCUGAGAAAGUGGGCGCCACAGCUGGGCACACGUGCUCUGAGUUACCUGGUCAUAGUUCAGUUGAUACCAGCAACUUUGGUGACUCCAAUAAUAAGAUUGAGGGAAUACCCCUGAAAAGAAGGCGGGUCUCCUUUGGUGGUCGUCUGAAACCGGAGUUAUUUGAUGAAAACUUACCUCCUAACACACCUCUCAAGAGAGGAGAAACACCAAGAAGGUCUCUUGUAAGCCACACCCCACCUGUCCUGAAGAAAAUCAUCAAGGAAUGCCCCCCACCAUCAGGAAAAGAAGAUUCUUCAGAAAACCAACUGGAAGUGACCACACAACCCCAGCGUAAGGGAUCUCCAGCUCGUGAUCCUAUGCAAACUUCUCCAGUUGCUACUGACACACGCCGUAGGUCAUGCAAGGUGGCCUCGGUCCCUGGGGGCAGCAAAUCUCCUCAUCACACAGAUAUUCCCAAGAGGGGAGGGAGGAGGAGUGGCAACUUGCCUUCAAAGAGAACUUCCAUCGAUCGAAGCCAACAUGAAAUCUUGCAGAUGAUUUAUUCCAGAAGAAGGAGUGGUGCUUCGGAAGCCAAUUUAAUUGUGGCAAAAUCGUGGGCAGACAUAGUAAAACUUGGUGCCAAACAAACACAAGCUAAAGUGGUUAAACACGGCCCCCAAAGACAACUGAACAAAAGGCAAAGAAGAAUGAAUACACCAAAGAAGCCUGUUAGCAACGUUCACAAUCAAUUUAGCACAGGCCAUGCCAACUCUCCCUGUACCAUAAUAAUAGGGAAAGCUCACAUUGAGAAAGUAAAUGUGCCCACUCGACCCUACAGAAUGCUGAACAACUUCGUAUUCAACAAAAAAAUGGACUUUAAUGAAGACCUUUCAGGGUUAACUGAAAUGUUCAAGACUCCAGCGAAAGCGAAGUUACAAACAAUGAGCCUAUGUCCCAAAACUUUUUCAAAUUCAGAAGAUCUCCUUGGAAAAGAGUUUCAAGUACCUAACUCAGGAGAAAAACCUCUGCUGUGCACUUCAGAAGAUUUGGGAGAGAAUGUAUUCUCCAUGAGUCAGAAUGCAUUACAAGAGCCAUCUAAUCAAAGUCCUGCAAGCCCUGCCCUCAGACGACAGGCUAUUGGAGUAAAUACAAACAUCGAGAAGACUCCAGGAUCAGGGGCAGAGCCUCGGAAGUCGGCAUCAAAUGAAAACAGGCUUCGAAGGUCCGAGGAGCUCAGAAAUACACGGAUGCCAGGUGUAGGGCCCAAGGACGGAGAAGCAGAAACAGACAUUGCUGAGAGCACUUCAGGACAACGUCUGACAAAAACUCCACAGCGAGGGCGGAACCUGGAGGGAGUGACAGAGGAAUGGGAGAGCUAUUCUGAAGCAUGUACAAAAGCUGUCCAGUCAGAAGAAAAUUCUGCAAAGAAGGUAGCUGUGAGGAGAUCAAGAAGAUAUUCAGAGCAAAAAUGGGAACCAGUAGCAGACUUGACCACCCUCACAGGAUGGGAGGACCCAGAACCCAAGAAAGACCUGAGGGACCUCCAUGGUCUCCAAACCCCCACUCACACCCAAGAACGAAUGGAUGUGGGAAAUAAAACUGCAGAAAAGUGCCAGAAAUCCUCAAAACCAGAAGUAGCUGGCAUGCCAACCAGGAUGAACAUACAGCUCAAGACCUCUCCCCAGAGAGUGGAACGAGAGGAAGAGCCCUCAGCUCUCAGGAAGCCCACCCGAACUCCAAGAGAAAGCACACACACACACAGAGAAUCAGGAGGUGGUGAUGAAGACAUCAGAUUGUUCAAGGAAACUCCAAAGUGGAAACUGGACUCUGCAGAAGAUGUAACUCAAAGCAAGAGGAGGUCAAGAACACCCAAGAAAACUGCCCAGUCCUUAGAAGACCUGGCUGACCUCAGAGAGCUCUUCCAAAAGCCAAACCACAAAGAUAAAUCAUUGGCUGAUGGCAAAGCCACCAAAGUACUCUGCAGAUCUCCACUAGCAGAACCAGUCAACACAAGAACAAGUAGAAGGAGGCAGCUCGAGACCCCUCUCCAGAAGGUGGACCUAGAGGAAGAGCCCUCAGCUCUCAGGAAGCCCACCCAAACACCAAGGAAAAUCAUGCUUUCACACAGAGAACCAGGAAAUGGUGAUGAAGGCAUCAAAUUGUUCAAGGAAACUCCAAAGCAGAAACUGGACUCUGCAGAAUAUGUAACUGGAAGCAAGAAGAGGUCAAGAACACCCAAGAAAAUGGUCCAUUCUCCAGAAGACCUGGUUGGUCUCAAAGAGCUCUUCCAAACCCCAGAACACACUCAGUACCCAAUGGCUGAUGACAAAACUACCAAAGUACCCUGCAGAUCUCCACUAGCAGAGCCAGUCAACACACCAACAAGUGGAAGGAGGCAGAUCAAGACCCCUCUCCAGAAAGUAGACCCAGAGGAAGAGCCCUCAGCUCUCAGGAAGCCCACCCAAACACCGAGGGAAAGCACAAACUCACACAGAGAACCAGGAGGUGCUGAUGAAGGCAUCAAAUUGUUUAACCAAACUCCAAAGCAGAAACUGAACUCUGCAGAAAAUGUAACUGGAAGCAAGAAGAGGUCAAGAACACCUAAGAAAAGCAUCCAGUCCUUAGAAGACCUGGCUGGCCUCGGAGAGCUCUUGCAAACACCAAACCAAACAGAUAAACCAAUGGCUGAUGGCAAAGCCACCAGCGUACCCUGCAAAUCUCCAUUAGCAGAACCAGUCAACACACCAACAAGUAGAAGGAGGCAGCUCGAGAUCCCUCUCCAGAAACUGGACCUAGAAGAAGAGCCCUCAGCUCUCAGGAAGCCCACCCAAACACCGAGAGAAAGUACACCCUCACACAGAAAACCAGGAGAUGGUGAUGAUGAAGACAUCAAAUUAUUUAACCAAACUCCAAAACAGAAACUGGACUUUGCAGAAAUUGUAACUGGAAGCAAGAGAAGGUCAAGAACACCUAAGAAAACUGCCCAGUCCUUAGAAGACCUGGUUGGCGUCAGAGAGCUCUUGCAAACACCAAACCAAACAGAUAAACCAGUGGCUGAUGACAAAACCACCAAAGUACCCUGUAGAUCUCCACUAGCAGAUCCAGGCAAUACACCAAGUAGAAGGAGGCAGGUCAAGACCCCUCUCCAGAAAGUAGGCCUAGAGGAAGAGCCCUCAGCUCUCAGGACGCCCACCCAAACACCGAGGGAAAGCACACAGUCACACGGAGAACCAGGAGGUGAUGAUGAAGACAUCAAAUUGUUUAACCAAACCCCAAAGCAGAAACUGAACUCUGCAGAAAAUGUAACUGGAAGCAAGAGGAAGAGGAGGUCAAGAACACCUAAGAAAAACAUCCAGUCCUUAGAAGACCUGGCUGGCCUCAGAGAGCUCUUUAAAACACCAAACCAAACAGAUAAACCAAUGGCUGAUGACAAAACCAUCAAAGUACCCUGCAAAUCUCCACCAGCAGAUCCAGUCAAUACACCAACAAUCAGAAAGAGCCAGAUCAAGAUCCCUCUCCAGAAAGUAGGCCUAGAGGAAGAGCCCUCAGCUUUCAGGAAGCCCACCCAAACACCGAGGGAAAGCACACACUCACACAGAGAACCAGGAGAUGGUUAUGAUGAAGACAUCAAAUUACUUAACCAAACUCCAAAACAGAAACUGGACUUUGCAGAAAUUGUAACUGGAAGCAAGAGAAGGUCAAGAACAUCUAAGAAAACUGCCCAGUCCUUAGAAGACCUGGUUGGCGUCAGAGAGCUCUUGCAAACACCAAACCAAACAGAUAAACCAGUGGCUGAUGACAAAACCACCAAAGUACCCUGUAGAUCUCCACUAGCAGAUCCAGGCAAUACACCAAGUAGAAGAAGGCAGGUCAAGACCCCUCUCCAGAAAGUAGGCCUAGAGGAAGAGCCCUCAGCUCUCAGGACGCCCACCCAAACACCGAGGGAAAGCACACAGUCACACGGAGAACCAGGAGGUGAUGAUGAAGACAUCAAAUUGUUUAACCAAACCCCAAAGCAGAAACUGAACUCUGCAGAAAAUGUAACUGGAAGCAAGAGGAAGAGGAGGUCAAGAACACCUAAGAAAAACAUCCAGUCCUUAGAAGACCUGGCUGGCCUCAGAGAGCUCUUUAAAACACCAAACCAAACAGAUAAACCAAUGGCUGAUGACAAAACCAUCAAAGUACCCUGCAAAUCUCCACCAGCAGAUCCAGUCAACACACCAAGUAGAAGGAGGCAGAUCAAGACCCCUCUCCAGAAAGUAGACCCAGAAGAAGAGCCCUCAGCUCUCAGGAAGCCCACCCAAAUGCUGGGGGAAAACACACACUCACAUAAAGAACCAGGAGUUGAUGAUGAGUGCAUCAGAAGGUUUAAGGAUACCCCCAAACAGAAACUGUACUCUGCAGAAAAUGUAACUAGAAGCAAGAGGAGGUCAAGAACACCUAAGAAAAACAUCCAGUCCUUAGAAGACCUGGCUGGCAUCAGAGAAAUCUUCCAAACCCCAGAGCUCACCCAGGACCCAAUGACUGAUGGCAAAACCAGCAACAUACCCUGCAAAUCUCCAUUAGCUGAACCAGUCAACACACCAACAAGUAGAAGGAGGCAGCUCGAGAUCCCUCUCCAGAAAUUGGACCUAGAAGAAGAGCCCUCAGCUCUCAGGAAGCCCACCCAAACACCGAGGGAAAGCACAAACUCACACAGAGAACCAGGAGGUGCUGAUGAAGGCAUCAAAUUGUUUAACCAAACUCCAAAGCAGAAACUGAACUCUGCAGAAAAUGUAACUGGAAGCAAGAAGAGGUCAAGAACACCUAAGAAAAGCAUCCAGUCCUUAGAAGACCUGGCUGGCCUCGGAGAGCUCUUGCAAACACCAAACCAAACAGAUAAACCAAUGGCUGAUGGCAAAGCCACCAGCGUACCCUGCAAAUCUCCAUUAGCAGAACCAGUCAACACACCAACAAGUAGAAGGAGGCAGCUCGAGAUCCCUCUCCAGAAACUGGACCUAGAAGAAGAGCCCUCAGCUCUCAGGAAGCCCACCCAAACACCGAGAGAAAGUACACCCUCACACAGAAAACCAGGAGAUGGUGAUGAUGAAGACAUCAAAUUAUUUAACCAAACUCCAAAACAGAAACUGGACUUUGCAGAAAUUGUAACUGGAAGCAAGAGAAGGUCAAGAACACCUAAGAAAAACAUCCAGUCCUUAGAAGACCUGGCUGGCCUCAGAGAGCUCUUCCAAACCCCAGAGCACAGCCAAGACCCAAUGGCUGAUGACAAAACCACCAGUGAACCCUGCAGAUCUCCAGUACCAGAUUCAGUCACUCCAACAAUCAGAAGGAGACAGCUCGAGACCCCUCUCCAGGAGGUGGACCUAGAGGAAAAGCCCUCUUCUCUCGGGAAGCCCACCCAAAUGCUGGGGGAAAGCACACACUCACGCAGAGAACUAGGAGGUGGUGAUGAUGACAUUAAAUUGUCUAAGGAAACUCCAAAGAAGCUAGACCCUGUAGAAAAUGUAACUAGAAGCAAGGAAGGAAAGGCUCAAUUCCUGGAAGACAUGGUCGGUUUUAAAGAGCUCUUCCAAACUCCAGAGCUCGGCAAGGAACCAAUAGCUAUUGUCAAAGACACAAUAAUGCCCUGCAAAUCUCCACCAGCAGAAACAGGCAGCACACCAACCCACAUGAAGAGAUAUCUCCAGAUACCUCUGGGGAAGGAGGACUUAAAGAAAGAGCUCUCACCUGUCAGGAAGCCCAUCCUAAUGCCAGGGGAAGCCACACACACAGAGCAAGAUCCAGGAGGUGAUGAUAAAGACAUCAGAUUGUUCAAGAAAACCCCAAAGCAAAAGUUGAACCUUGCAGAAAAUGCACCUGGAAGCAAGAAGCAGCCAAGAACACCCAAAAAAAUGACCCAUUCUCUAGAAGACCUGGUUGGUCUCAAAGAGCUCUUCCAAACCCCAGAGCACACCCAGGACCCAAUGGCUGAUGGCAAAGCCACCAAAAUGCCCUGCAAAUCUCCAGUAACCGAAUCAGUCAACAAGCCAACAGGUAGAAGGAGGCAACUCAACACCUUUCCCCAGAAAGUGGAUGUAGAGGAAGAGCCGUCAGCUCUCAGGAAGCCCACCCGAACGCGGCGGGGAGCCACACACUCACACACAGAACCAGGAGGUGGUGAUGAAGAUACCAAAUUGUCCAUGGCAAUCCCAAAGCAGAAACUGGACUCUGCAGAAAAUGUAACUGGAAGCAAGAGGCAGCCAAGAGCACCUAAGAAAAAUGUCCAGUCCUUAGAAGACCUGGCUGGCCUCAGAGAGCUCCUCCAAACCCCAGAGCACACCCAGGACCCAAUGGCUGAUGGCAAAGCCACCAGCGUACCCUGCAAAUCUCCAGUAGCAGAACCAGUCAACAAGCCAACAGGUAGAAGAAGGCAACUCAACACCUUUCCCCAGAAAGUAGAUGUAGAGGAAGAGCCAUCAGCUCUCAGGAAGCCCACCCGAACACGGCGGGGAGCCACACACUCACACACAGAACCAGGAGGUGGUGAUGAAGAUACCAAAUUGUCCAUGGCAAUCCCAAAGCAGAAACUGGACUCUGCAGAAAAUGUAACUGGAAGCAAGAGGCAACCAAGAGCACCCAAGAAAAACGUCCAGACCUCAGAAGACCUGGCUGGCCUCAGAGAGCUCCUCCAAACCCCAGAGCACACCCAGGACCCAAUGGCUGAUGGCAAAGCCACCAGCGUACCCUGCAAAUCUCCAGUAGCAGAACCAGUCAACAAGCCAACAGGUAGGAGAAGGCGCCUCAAGACCUCUCCCAAGAAAGUGGACCCAGAGGAAGAGCCGUCAGCUCUCAGGAAGCCCACCCGAACGCGGCGGGGAGCCACACACUCACACACAGAACCAGGAGGUGGUGAUGAAGACAACAAACUGUUGAAUAAAACCACGAAGCAGAAAGCGGCCCCUGCAGAAAAUGUAAUGCUCAGGAAAAAUCAGCUGAGAGCACCUAAAGAAAAGUCUCAAGCCCCGGAAGACCUGGCCAGUUCCAAAGAGUCCUCCCAAAUGCCAGGUCACACCAAGGGACUGGGAGAUGAGGCGAGUAGCAUCCAGGAAACUCCAAAGCAAACUCCAGACAGAAGGAAACCUGUGAAGGUUUUGCAAAGAGGGGUCAGGGCCCCCAAAGGAAAAGCCGUGGACGACCUGGUGGGCCAGAGAGACCCUCUUGUAGAAUCUGGAAGUGAAGGCAGCGUUUCCCUGUCCUCCAAGAGGAAACGAGGAACGGACGGAGGUCAGACAGGAAUGAAGAGGCUGCGCUCUGCGACUUCUGCCCAGGACACUGCAGAGGAGAAGCCACCCCAGAAGCCUUCUUCCAGGAGGACAGCUCCCAGAGAAGGAUGUGACCCACCGGAGCAGCCCCUGACCGUGAAGAAGCUGAGGGUUGUGGCGGAAAAGAUAGAAGUCAUGGGAGACCUGCCCAGGAGCCACAGAGAGGCUGAGGCAAAGGGACAAGAAGUAGGAAGGACGACCCCGCCACAUCAGGGAAGGUCCCUGCGCUCCAGACGCCCCAAUAAAACGGAAGUGGAAGAGCAAAGACCCGAGCCUGUUACAGCAGCAGCCGCAGCAGAGAAGAUGAAAACAAAGAGAAGUGACAAGAAGCCCCUGAAGACCUCCCAAGAGACGAAGCCACAAAGCCCAGAAGACAGAGCCAAGAGUUCUGCUUCUGGGGGCAAAGCCCCCCAUGAAAGUAGAAUGUGUCUGCGAUCUGCGAGGCCGAGUAAGAUGCCCUCGCCCGGCGUAGCAGAGGAGAAGCAAGGGGAGAGAGGAGGGGGUGCUCUCGUGAAGGAGCAAGAGGAAGACGUGAGGCAGCCUUCAGCCCCGAAGUGUUUGAGAUCCAGAAAAAUCACAGACCCUCCUGGAGGAAAUGCUUUGGAGAGCGAACCCCGUCACAGAGUAACUCGGAGUGCCAAGAGAUGUGCCGAAAAUACAAAAAAGGAUAAUGACCACGCACGCCCCAAGAGAUUAAGAACCCGAAGUCGUCGGGACGAUGAAGAUAUUUAGCUAAGAACCUGAAGAGGGGGAACAGAAACUGAUAAGUUCAGUUUAGUGAUAUAUUCUAGUACAAUAUCUGGGUACAUUUAAAAGGGAAUUCUGUAAAUAAUGCUGAGUGUUUAAGGAAAGAAGGCUUAGAGUGUUGUCCCAGGAUGGUCUGUUGAGACAGAUCUGCCGACCUGAGACCGUAAGGAAGAUGUAGACCUUGGGUCGGGGCGGGCAGGGGGUGGGGACCCAGAAAUGGCCUUUGCUUUGGCAGAACCAAGCCACGAAGCUCCUGGCCCGAGGCCCGUCCCUGUCACCCACGCCAGCACUUGCCACGUCACGCCGUACGUGCUCUCUGUUGCUCUGUGUCCCCGCCAGACUGUGGAGCCGGGGCUCCUGUCCCUGUGUCCCUGGCCCCGGGCAGGCACUCAGGAGACAGUACGAAGGGGCAGAUGAACAGGCUCAUCGCGGGGGGGACGCGUUUGGUCCUCUGCACCGGGCAGCCCGUCCUCAGGAUCCUUAGCACGGAAGGGAGCCCAGGUGUGGCCUGGUCGCAGGGUGUCGGGGUCACCGAUGAGGAUCUGACGGGCCACCGGCCUCUUCCGCUGCAGUGUGGCUGCCCUGGGACGGCACCAACCGGGGAGCCACUUGUCUCCGAACGGCCGCAGCUCUCACAGCUUCUCGAGGUUUCCUCUUCCCUGUUCCAAGCUUUCUCCUGGAUCUGCCCCCAGCCUGUGCUUUCCCUGACUGCGCCUGGUGGCCGCCUUCCCCCCACAGCUCCCACCUUAUUCAGGAACCAACACAAGCUCCCCUCCCGAAGGACAGCCGUGUCCCCUCGGGCCUCCCACCCAGACAGCGCCCUGCCGGGCCUCCCCACCUCCACGUCCACUUCGUCCCAUCCCCCUUUCCGUGUUCCCUGAACUAGGAAGCAGAGCACCGAGUCCUCCCCGCUCACCCAUCCAGGCAGCUUGACGCGGGGACGAAGACUGGAGAGGGCUGCUGUCCCUGACACUGUCCCUGUCUGUCCAUUCUGCUAUCGUGUCUGGCAUGGGGCCAGGUGCACGGAAUAAAAGACAUUUGCUG